AUGUACAGUGAUAAUGGUACGAAUUUUACUAGUAAACAUCAUAAACUACAUGAAGUGUAUAAAUUGCUGUGCUCUCAACAAUUGAACUCAGCCCUGAAUACUUUCUGUUUGCCCAGAGAGAUAGACUGGCACUUUAUCCCACCAGCUUCGCCACAUUUUGGUGGUAUUUGGGAAGCUAACAUCAAAUCUUGUAAACGCAUACUCCAACGCAUAACUCUAAAUAGUGUCUUUAUAUAUGAAGAAUUACACACAUUGUUUUGUCAAGUCGAAGCGCAACUUAACUCUCGACCACUUUGCCCCGCCAGUAUGGAAGCCACCGAUUACUCAGCACUGACUCCCGGGCACUUCCUGUUAGGUAAAGCUCCUAUGUCAUUACCUGAAGUCGACAUUCCUGAGCCAACACCCACCAAUCGACUCACCAGGUGGAAUAGAAUCCAGAAACUGCAGCAGUCCUUCUGGAAACAAUGGUCGCAAGAUUAUUUGGCUACACUACAGCAACAGAAUAAAUGGACCACUCCCCAGCCUAACCUCCAAGUCCACGAUCUCGUUCUCCUCAAGAAAGAAAAUAUGGCUCCCACUCAGUGGCCCCUAGCCAGAAUCCUCGAGGUGCACCCCAAUCCUGCAGACCACUUCGUGCGAGUUGUCACACUGAAGAUAAAGGAUUCGGUGCUAAAGCGUCCUAUUAAUAAACUCAUAAGACUGCCUAUCGAACAUUAG